AUGGCUUCUCUCGAUUCCGUCCUCCAGGGCGUUUCCGUCUCUGGCAAGGUCGAUGAGAUCCACCGGAAGAUCCUCACUCCUGAGGCUUUGGGUUUCCUUGCUCUUCUGCACCGCUCCUUCAAUGAGCGACGCAAGAACCUGCUUGAGCGCCGCAAGGCUCGCCAGGCUGAGCUUGAUCGAGGUGUUCUACCCGAUUUCCUUCCUGAGACCAAGCACAUUCGCGAAAACCCUACAUGGAAGGGUGCCGCUCCGGCCCCCGGUUUGGUGGACCGUCGUGUUGAGAUCACCGGCCCCACUGACCGGAAGAUGGUUGUCAACGCGCUGAAUGCCAACGUCUACACUUAUAUGGCUGAUUUCGAGGAUUCAAGUGCCCCUACUUGGGACAACAUGAUCAACGGACAAGUCAACCUCUACGACGCCAACCGUCGCCAAGUCGACUUCAGUCAAGGGCCCAAGGAAUAUAAGCUUCGUACCGAUCGUAAGCUGCCCACUCUGAUUGUCCGUCCUCGUGGCUGGCACCUUGAAGAGAAGCAUGUCACCGUUGAUGGCGAGCCUAUUUCUGGUUCUCUCUUCGACUUCGGCCUGUACUUCUUCCACAAUGCUUUCGAGACACAGCGCCAGGGAUUCGGUCCUUAUUUUUACCUCCCCAAGAUGGAGAGCCACCUUGAGGCACGUCUUUGGAACGAUGCCUUCAACCUUGCCCAGGACUACAUUGGCAUGCCCCGAGGUACGAUUCGAGGCACUGUCCUUAUUGAGACCAUUCUUGCCGCUUUCGAGAUGGACGAGAUCAUCUACGAGCUCCGUGACCACAGCUCUGGACUUAACUGCGGUCGAUGGGACUACAUCUUCAGCGUCAUCAAGAAGUUCCGCAACAACCCCAACUUUGUCCUUCCUGACCGUUCCGCUGUCACCAUGACUGUGCCCUUCAUGGAGUCAUAUGUGAAGCUCCUUAUCCAAACUUGCCACAAGCGAGGCGUUCACGCUAUGGGCGGCAUGGCUGCUCAGAUUCCCAUCAAGAACGACGACGCCGCAAACGACAAGGCCAUGGAGGGCGUCCGCGCCGAUAAGCUUCGUGAAGUUCGUGCUGGCCAUGACGGCACCUGGGUUGCUCAUCCCGCUCUGGCCAGCAUCGCUACCGAGAUCUUCGACAAGCAUAUGCCCACUCCUAACCAGCUUUUCGUACGCAGAGACGAUGUCACCAUCGGCCAGAACGACUUGCUCAACAUGAACGUCCCAGGCACCAUCACAGAGGAGGGUAUCAAGAAGAACCUCAACAUUGGUCUCGGUUACAUGGAGGCUUGGAUUCGGGGAGUGGGAUGUGUUCCCAUCAACUACCUUAUGGAGGACGCUGCCACAGCCGAAGUCUCUCGCAGUCAGCUCUGGCAGUGGGUCAAGCAUGGUGUCAGCACCGCCGAUGGCAAGCGUGUUGACAAGUCGUAUGCUCUAAAGCUCCUCAAGGAGACUGCCGACCAGCUUGCUGCCUCUGGCCCCAAGGGAAACAAAUACCACCUUGCCGCUCAAUACUUCUCCGGUCAGGUUACCGGCGAGGACUAUGCUGACUUCCUUACAUCGCUUCUAUACAACGAGAUUACUCAAGCUGGACCCCCUAGCCCUGCUUCGAAGCUAUGA